AAGGACAGGGGGUGUGGCUGGCAGGGAAAACUGGCUGCCUUUCAUUGUCACGUGGAGUCUUGUCCAAUGAGAGAUGGUUCACCCAUGAUUGGGCUAGUGAAACCGCAAGUUGAAGAAGUUACACAUUAUGGAGACAUUUCCGAGUCUGCAUCACAAACAUCUCUGGUGGAACAACCGAGUGAGAAGGAGGUGCUGCUGCAACAGCUAGGAAGAAAGCGAGAAGAAAUGGAUAAAGCUCAGAAUGAACUGAAGGAGAGUCAAGUA